AUGGAAAACUCAGACUCUGGCGAGGAAGGAGAUGGAUCUGUGGCCCGGCGCAGAAGUCAGAUGGCCCGAUUGGUUCGGGAGGAUUUCCAUCGAUUUGUCAGUAACCUGAGUGAAGACGAUUACAAGCUUCUGGGGGGCAACAAUCUGCCAGGCAACCCGGGUGAGAGCACAGAAGCAGAGCUGCGAAGAUUUCAGCUAAUUAAAGAAAACCUACUGGAAAACUCAGAUGAAAAUACAGGUGAAGGAGACUCUUCAGAUGAUGUGUCUAGCAGUGACUCUUUAAUAGACUGGCUUACCUCUUUUGAACCAACUGAAAAUGUGACAAGGGGGCAAAGAGAAUACCAGCCUUGGAGAGAAAUGAACCAGGUUAAUCCACACAGUGAUUUCAGAUUCAGGUCAGAAAUAAAUAUUAACUUUCAUAACGGGAGAGCAAGAGUAGAGAAUAAAUACGCACCAUCUACAAGACUUCCCAAGGGAGAAAAUAGGGAAAACAGCCAAAGUCAUAUGGAAAACCCACAAUCUGAAUCAAGAUUUACGAGACCAUCUAGAUCAGAACGAAGUGCAAAUGGAGCGUCAACAGAAGUCCCACCUCCCAUAGGUCAGAAUAGAGCAAGCAGCACAAGCCCAGACCAUAGUAGAACCAGAGCAACAACUGAAAGAAGGUCACCUCCUUGUUCACUGGGUCAGCUUUCACAAAGACUUCAUCAUAGUCAAUCAUCUCCAAAGAGUGGCUCUGUAAGAGACCAGCUGAAUUCUUGCAAACAAACUGAAAUUGUGACAAGUGGGCAGAGAGAACAACAGCCUUGGAGGGAAGGGAGCCGGGUUAAUCCACACAGUGAUUACAGAUUCAGGUCAGAAAUAAAUAUUAACCUUCAUAAUGGGAGGGCAAGAGUAGAGAAUAAAUAUGCACCAUCUACAAGACUUCCCAGAGGAGAAAAUAGGGAAAACAGUCAAGGUCAUAUGCAAAACCCACAAUCUGAAUCAAGAUUUACGAGAUCAUCUAGAUCAGAACCAAGUACAACUGGAGCGUCAACAGAAGUCCCACCUCCCAGAGGUCAGAAAAGAGCAAGCAGCAGAAGCCCAGACCAUAGUAGAACCAGAGCAACAACUGAACGCAGGUCACCCCCACAUUCACUGAGUGAACUUUUACGAGGACUGCAUCACAGUGUAUCAUCUCCAACCUUUGAGCAGCCGUUGGUAAAUGCGACUGAGAGAUUUUUUAGAACUCAGCACCAAGAAACAUUGAGACAGCAAAUAACUGGAGUUGAAUUACAAAAUAGGGGUCUUUUUGCAACUUCUGGAACAAGAAAUAACAUUCAAAGAGAAUCUUCUCCAGACACAGCCAGUGAUAGUGAAUCUUGUGGACUGAGACAAAUAAACUCAACCAUAUGCUUCUAUUCUGAAGUGGAACGAGUUCAUCCUGUAGCAUAUUCUGAGAGAGACCGCCUAACUAGUAUAACUCAAAAAACACCCGAGACACCAAAUAACACUGUCACUUUAGAAAGUGAACAAGGAGAACUUAGCCAUAUGUUUUCACAUUAUGAACAGGCAGAUAUAAGGGCUUACGUUAGUACCACUGGAAUUCCCAUUUGUAGAAUUUUAAAUAUGGGUUUAAACACAUCUGGUGCAAUUCAAAGCACGUUAAGGCAGACAAUGACAGAUUUUAGUGACUCAAGCAAUCUUAUGUACAGUGACUGUGAUUUAGAGCCUUGUCUCUUAGCCAGAAGUCAAAACAUGGAUAGGACAGAGUCUCCCAAUGGAAGAGAUUGUUUUCAUGGUAGAAGGAGUUCCGGUUCUACUUCAAAUUCUAGCUGUGAUUCCUGUUCACAUUCCACAUUGCCUUCUAGUUUAAACUCCAGUUACACGUCCAGUUCCAGCUCCAAUCUGAUGCCCAGUUCCAGCUCCAGUCUGAUUUCCAGUUCCAGCUCCAGUGAUGAAAAUUCAGAAAUUAGCCCACUGUUCUCUGAAGGCAGUGACGAAAGAAGAGUGUCACCACACUUAUCAUCAGAAACUAGAAGUGACAGUAGAUCUAUGACCCCAAUAAUAUUUGAUGAAAGUGACUCUUGGGCCUCUCUUGAUCAGUUUUUUCUCUUGAAUGAUAAUCAUAAUCAUCCUACAGGACUCAGCAAAGCACAGAUUGACAACUUGGUUAUAAGAUCUUUUGUUGAAAAUGAUACACUAAAAGCCUGUAUCAUUUGCAUGACAGAGUACACAGAAGGCAACAAGCUUCGCAGCCUACCUUGCUCCCAUGAAUAUCAUGCCCACUGCAUUGAUCGCUGGCUGGCUGACAACUCUACCUGUCCUAUUUGUCGCAGGAAAGUAGUAGAUUCUGGUGAGAGAAAACUCUAA